AUGGGUAAACCAGCGAUGCCGGAGCUAGAGUCUUGGCUAGACCUGCAAACCGAUGCCACAGGCCAGGGGAAUUAUGUAGAUGCCCUGUUUGGUUGCUCAUCCAGAUUGCUAAAGCUGAUGUGGGCAGCUUCUCGUUUGUAUGCAUCUUCCAGAGACGGCCACAUGACGACGGAAGAGCUUCAGGAGAAAGUGGACGACUUGCAAAAACAGAUUCGGUCGACCGAAAUCGUCCUCGAUUCCAACCCUCUCGUCAGCAUUUCAUGCCAGAGUACCGCACCGUCCCUCGCCACCGUCGGUAUGGCCCAAGAGGAGCUCCGACGCCGAAUCGUCGCCACAGCCGAGAUCUUCCGACACGCGUCCCAUAUCUACGUAUAUCGCAUUGCUAAUGGUCCGGAAGUACCUCUUACCGAGGAAAUGCAAUCAAGCCUCGGCACUGCGCAGGAGCUUCUUACCAUGGUCCCCGAUGCGCUUGGCCCGGGAGCUAACUUGGGUUGGUGCUUGGUGGUGCUCGGAGCUGAGAUGGAUUUAGUCGACGAGCGGAAUUACGUGCAGUCAAAAUUGGAUGGCCUUCACCUCUUGGGAUUGCACAACACGAAGAAUGGGCAGAAAAUCCUGGAAGAGGUUUGGGCGCACCGUGACCUCGUCGCCCAGGGACAAGCGACUCCGGAGCGGUGGCAAGACAUAAUGCAGCGGAUCGGUCAGUCACAAAUAUUAGUUUGA